AUCUUUGCUUCUGGUUUCCUUCAUAUUCGAUUCAUGACUUCUACUUGACUACGCUCUCCUGCAUUCUCUCACCCUCUCUCUCAGCGCCCAAAGCAAAAGAGAACCCCCCCACCCUGCUCCCACAAAAAAAAAAAAAAAAAUUAUCUAUCAAGACGUUUCUCCUCCAAGCAAUGUUGAGAAGAGAACCAUUUCUUUGCAAACUCAUUUUUUUCCUCUUCUGUUUCGCUUCCCUCUCACUCGCUGACGAACUCACCGACUCAGAUCGGCUCGAGUUCACCGCCAACGCUUCAAUCUCUAACACUUCUCUACCUAAACCUAAUGAAGGCGGUAGUUUUGCUGAUAUGAUCGAUAAAGCUCUCGAGAAAGAGUUCACUGAGAAUGACCAAAACGAAGCAACUGAUGCCGGAAGCUUCAACAACAGCGUAGCUGAACAGCAGGCAGUUUUGGAAACUGUUGCCAGAGUUAAAUCGAAGAAAAAUGACACGAAAGAGGAAAAGUCGUUUAAAUUUCAUGAUGUUUUUAAUUUGGACAAUGAGAAUGGACCAGAAGAUACCCCAACACUGAUAGAUCGAAAGGAUAAUGUCUUCAUUAUAUCAAACUUUAAAUCAAAAUAUCCGGUGCUGCAGCUAGACUUGCGAUUGAUAUCAGAUUUGGUUGUCGUCAUUGUAUCUGCAACUUGUGGUGGCAUUGCAUUUGCUUGUGCUGGACAACCGGUCAUCACUGGAUACUUGCUAGCAGGAUCCAUUAUUGGUCCUGGAGGGUUUAACUUUGUCAGUGAAAUGGUUCAAGUUGAGACGGUGGCUCAGUUUGGUGUUAUUUUUCUUCUUUUUGCCUUGGGCUUGGAGUUUUCAACAACAAAGCUUCGAGUUGUCCGGGCAGUUGCUGUUGUAGGAGGUCUGCUUGAAAUUGUUUUAUUCAUGUUCUUAUGUGGCAUUACAGCCAUGUUAUGCGGUGGUAAGUCUUCAGAGGGUGUGUUUGUUGGUGCAUUCCUUUCAAUGUCUUCAACAGCAGUGGUAUUGAAGUUCUUGAUGGAAAAGAAUUCUAUUAAUUCCCUUCAUGGGCAAGUCACCAUUGGAACUCUAAUUUUGCAGGACUGUGCAGUUGGUUUGCUGUUUGCACUGCUUCCUGUUCUAUGUGGAACUUCUGGUGUUCUUCAAGGACUAAUGUCCAUGACUAAAGUGUUGGUGUUGUUGAUUGCAUUUUUGGCUGUUCUGUCAAUAUUAUCUCGUACUUGGGUUCCAUGGUUUCUUAAAUUGAUGAUGAGCCUAUCAUCACAGACCAAUGAACUCUAUCAAUUAGCAUCCGUCGCUUUCUGCUUGCUUGUAGCCUGGAGUAGUGAUAAGCUUGGCUUAAGUCUAGAACUGGGUUCAUUUGCUGCUGGGGUGAUGAUAUCAACAACUGAUCUUGCUCAGCAUACACUAGAACAAAUUGAACCCAUUCGGAAUUUCUUUGCUGCUCUUUUCCUUGCCAGCAUUGGGAUGCUGAUCCAUGUCCAUUUUCUCUGGAGCCAUGUUGAUAUAUUACUGGCGUCCGUUAUAUUGGUUAUCAUAAUAAAGACAGCCAUAAUCACGACAGUUGUAAGGGGAUUUGGUUACAACAACAAGACCGCACUUCUUGUUGGAAUGUCUCUGGCACAAAUAGGGGAGUUUGCUUUUGUUCUUCUUAGCCGUGCUUCUAAUCUUCAUCUAGUUGAGGGGAAACUUUACCUGCUGCUUCUUGGGACAACAGCUCUUAGCUUGGUGACAACGACUCUGCUUUUCAAGCUAAUCCCUGCUGUAAUGCAUCUUGGAGUGCUGUUACGGUGGUUCCCUCCUGACAGCGCAGUCGAGGUUGGAUCUAAAGGAGAUAACUUCCGAUCUGACAGUGAUGAAGUUGACUGUGUUCCUCUAGGACUGGCACGAAGUUUUGCGUUCGAUUUAGAUAGGAAAUUUUCUUUGCCAUGAUUUUUUCAUUGUAUCAUAUGCUCGAUCCAGCUCGGAAUUACAGUGAUAAUUCAUAGUAACCCAUACUUGAUGUCUUAUGAACCUGUAAAAUGAACAUGUGCAUAAUGCAUUUUUCUUUUUUUUCAA